GUGGGCUCGGUGAGCUUGGGGCGCAUCCCUGGCGACAGCCAGUGCGCCCAACCUUCCUUCGAGCCACCUCGCCCUACCUGCGGUGGCAGAAGAUGUGACUGGAGGGCUGCCGGCAGCCCGCGGACGAUGCUCGCGCUCCUGGGCGCGACGACCCUGAUGCUGGUCGCUGGGGCGCCGUGGGUGUUGCCCGCAGCCUCAGGGGGAACAAAUCUAAAAUCUCCUGAAAAUGGCAGUGUCUGCAUCAUUGAUGACAACUUUACCCUGAAGUGGAACAGCAGCAGUGAGUCUGUCAGGAAUGUCACUUUUUCAGCAGAGUAUAAAAUACCAGGGAUGGAUAAUUGGAAGAAAUUGCCUGGGUGUCAGCAUAUUACUAGUACCGAAUGCAACUUUUCUUCAGUCAAGCUUAAAAAUGUUUAUGAAAAAAUUGAAUUGCGCAUAAGAGCAGAAAAAGGAAACAACACUUCUCAAUGGCAUGAGGUUAAGCCAUUUAUACCAUUUCAAAAAGCUCAGAUUGGUCCUCCAGAUGUACAUUUAGAAGCUGAAGAUAAGGCAAUAAUAAUAAACAUGUCUCCUCCUGGGACAAAAGAUAGUAUCAUGUGGGCUAUGGAUCAUUCCAGCUUUACAUACAGCUUAGUUAUCUGGAAAAACUCUUCAAGUCUAGAAGAAAGGACUGAAACUGUUUAUUCCAGAGAUAAAAUUUAUAAACUCUCACCAGAGACUACUUAUUGUUUAAAAGUUAAAGCAGAACUACGUUCACCAAGAAGAGUUGGUGUCUAUAGUCCAGUGUAUUGUAUAAACACCACAGAGAAACAUAAAGUGCCUUCACCAGAAAAUAUACAAAUCGAUGCUGAAAAUCAGGUCUAUGUUCUUAAAUGGGAUUAUGCAUAUGAAAACACGACUUUUCGAGCUCAGUGGUCCCAUGAGUUUUUAAAAAGGAUUCCUGGGGGUCAUUCAGACAAAUGGAAACAAAUACCAAACUGUGAAGAUGUCGAAACUACCCACUGUGUGAUUCCUCAGAAUGUUUUCCCAGAAGGAAUUCACCGUAUCCGUGUACAAGCAUCUAAUGGAAAUAACACAUCGUUUUGGUCUGAAGAGAAAAUGUUUAAUACCGAAAUGAAAACUAUCAUAUUUCCUCCAGUCAUUAGCAUGAAAUCCGUUAAUGAUGACUCACUGCACGUCUCUAUCGGUGCUCCAAAAGAGUCUGAAAACAAGUCUGUAAACCAGCUUUACCCGCUAAUUUAUGAAGUUAUUUUUCGGGAAAACACUUCAAAUGCUGAGAGAAAAGUUGUAGAGAAAAGAACUGAUUUUACCUUUCCUAACUUGAAAUCGCUGACUGUAUACUGUGUGAAAGCCAGAGCACUCACUGAGAAUGACAAGUGGAAUAAAAGCAGUGUUUUUAGUGAUACUGUGUGUGAGAAAACAAAACCAGGAAAUACUUCCAAAACCUGGCUUAUAGCUGGAAUUUGCACUGCAUUAUUUUCUAUCAUUGUUGUCAUUUAUGUUGUGAAAGUCCUCUUGAGAUGUAUCAAUUACGUGUUCUUUCCAUCAAGUAAACCUCCUUCCACUGUAGAUGAGUAUUUCUCUGAACAGCCAGUAAGGAAUCUACUCCUUUCCACUUCUGAGGAACAAACGGAAAGAUGUUCUAUAAUUGAAAAUGCAAACAGUAUUACUGUAAUAGAAGAGACUAAUCCGAUUUAUGAAGAUCCCAAAAAGUACAAUUCCCAAACUAGUCAAGAUUCAGGAAACUAUUCUAAUGAAGACGAAAACAGUGGAAGUAAAAUAGGUGAAGAACUUCUGCCACAGGAAACUGUGUGACCAGGAGUGGACUCUAAAAUAUUAGGGAGUCUCGCGGGAGUUGCAGUGGGGGCCUGGGCUCCUUGCUCCUCUCAGUAACUAUCAAGAGAAUAUUUGCUUGUGGGGGAAGAAAGAUCAUCUUCAGAUCGAUCGUAGGUCCUAAAAACACAGGCAAGCACUUAACUAUUUGAAAGGAAUGUGGAGAAGAGUUUUCUACAUUCUUUUCCACGUGUAAGGUCUUGAAAGACCUGUCAUUGGACCGCCCUGGAUGAGAGGGGUUAAAUCCAGAAGAUGCCCUCUGUCUUCCUAAUGAUCCCCUGAUCACCGCCGUGCCGCCGUGUGGUAAGGGCGGCGCUUGUGUCCCCAUCAGCUGAUACCGUUGCUGUGCUGCCACCGCUGCUGUAUAUACCAUCCGUCCCUUCUGCAUCCCAGUAUUACAGUCCAUUAUUUUUCAGGACAUAUUUAGAACAUUUGGCCUUUUCUUUGGACACGAAAGUAGGCCCUUUGGAAAUGUCUUUACAAAAGCCUGAAUACCACCAUCACUUGGUUUUCUGAAAAAGUAGCUUACUCUGGAAAACAGCUGCAGAUGCCAGAAACAUGGUAUGGUCCUUACAGUUUUUUCAGGGGAAUUCUAUCCGUUUUGCCAAUUACGUUGGCUUCUACUUCGCAGUUACCUAUCCCUUCUACGGUUUAGGAUUAAAACCAGAUAAUCUUUUGCUAUAUGUCCAUGAAGUCUUCCUGAUUCAGAACAUUGGAACAAUAGCUUCUGAUUACAGUGCAUAAUCACUAAAAUUACAGAGAAAUGGGAAACUAUCUGAGUAGCUAACUUACUAUCAUCUUUUAAGAUAUGGGAGUAUGUGACAUUAGUCACAGUGGAUGUAAGAAGUCUUGGGACCAGAAAAUGGUACUGAGAGACGACACAGAGUAAGAAGUAGAGUAAUUCAGUAUGAAAGAAGCAGGUGGCUUUAGCGAAAAAUCAGAAGAAUGUGUGUAAUCAACCGUUGAUUACUAACAUCCUGAGGGUGGUUUGUUGCCGUGGCUCCUCUGCGCCGCCUGGGGGUGUUCAGGUAGGUACCCCCUCUGCUCAGCCGACAUAUGCACUCAAGGAAAUGCAAAUUAUUUAUUAUCAAGGUGUGGGAGGAAAUGUACCUGGGAAGAAAACCUAACUUUUAAAAUAUAUAAUGCCUUUCAAAGGCAUCUAUAGCUUAUUUUUAAAUGAUUCGCUAUUUGGGAUUAUUCAUGGAGAUCCUGCAGAGGAGGGAAGUGUAGGAAUUCUGGUGGCCUCUGAGGCCAGGUUCUCAGCUUCAGUCGUUGCAGAAGGCCCAGUGAAAGGGAAGGGAGAUGGAGCUACCCAGAGCAUCACGGCAGGCCAGUCUUAUCCACACAGUGGUCCGCUGUGGUCUUCUGGGUGGAGGAAAAGGUUGAAAGCAGCCGCCCUGGGAAGGGCUGUGACGCCCAGCGCGACCUCUGCAGAGCACACCGUGCGCUUCCCUGGACCUCGGUCCAGCUCCUAGGGGAGCAUACAGUAUGGGCCAGGGGUCCCCGCUGAGGCAGUUCUCUGCUGCAGAAUCCCUACAGGGACCCACACACACCUUUGAUCCUGCUGACCGGAGGCCUUUGGUUCAAAGCAGAUCUGGGUUGGCCCUUCGCUUGUAAAGGCCCUGUCAGUGGCAAUUUGCCUCUGUAGCGAGGAAGGGAGGAACAUGCCAGGACCCUGUCAGCCCCGGCUUCCACGCUGUGUCAGUGCGACAGGCCUGGUCAGCACGCGGGCCCGGGAUUUACCACAGGAAGAAGGCUGCUUCAGAAUGGACACCCCAAAAGGAGACAGCGCCUUCGUGGGAUGUGGAAGAGGGAGAACUCGGGCAUUAGGAUGAAAAGACACCACGGAAGUCGCCAGGUCCCUGGAUGUGGGAGUCUGUGUGUCUUUGGGGUUUAGGACGCCCUGUGGUUUUCAGCGAACAAGCAUCUGAGCAGCAGCGAACAAAACACCCUCGAUUUUGCCUUGUCUUCUGACCUAAAAAUGCAGUUCCCUCCCAUUCUUCAUUGUGGUCCACGUGUAGCUUAAUCAGGAUGUGCUUACUUGUAAAGUGACAAGCGUUUUUUCUGAAGACUAGUUUACUUGGAAAUACCAUAUACUUGGGAACACCAAUAAACUGCCUCGGAACUACAACACUGAUAAUUCUUAGAGAAUUCUUAGAGAAGCUAGAAAAUAACCUACGCAUUGAUGUAAAAGAUUUGUAUCCUUACAGCCAGAAAUAAUGUAUUAAUACGUACUACAGAUUAACAUAUAUGUAAGUGGUGACAUACGUCUGUAAACAUACAUGCAUACUUACACGUGCACAUGCAUGAUGUGGGCCAUACUCCAGUAGUACAGCCAUAAAGACUUAGCAUAGCUUCUAGUUAGAAAAGUAUAAAUGCUGCUUGAGAACUGUGAACUAAAGAGUCUGACCAGAAAUUUGCAACCUAUAAAAGAGUUAUUUCAAAAAUAUAAUUUAGAGUUUGUAUCUUUUCCCCAAACUGUGACCUUCAAAGCAGCCUCUGAUUGCGCCUCAGAAUUUGGCGAGUGUACAGAAACUUUGCCUACCUGCCCGCUCCUCCCCGUAACCCUCUGACUACCUGACCUGUUUGUUUCGUGGUGUCUGUCUGCCCCCCAGGGGACCGGAAGCUCUGUGGGAGCAGGCAUUUACUUUUACUUACUACUGUAUCCCCAGCACCUACCACAGUGCGGUGCCUCACACGUAAAAAGUGCACAGGAAAUAAUUGUCAAAUGACUGAAAUCUAAAAUUUGAACCAAAUGGGUGUUUCUGACACUGUUUGUGUGUCCUGUUGCGUUGUGGAAGGACACAACCAUGUUUCCAAUGUUUCUAUGCAGUGAGCUUUGUAUCUUAUUUCAUGUGUACUUUGUCUUAACCCCCAUUGCUGUUUGUUAAACAGUUUGUUAAAACAGUUUUCUGUAAUAAGCGCUGAGACCAAAAGUCUUGGGUUUUACGGUGGUUCUGCUUGAACUGCUUAAACAUGCAUCACAGGAGUGGCAACUGCCGUCUUCACAAGGUAUUCACAACCGAGGGGGCUGGUCCCUGUACCCGGUGUGCGCAUGCCCGGCGUUGGUAUCCUGAAGGGGGCCCCACUGCCGUCACCGCCCCACGGAGCUCCCGGACGCGGAGCUCUCUUACUUGCCCUUUGGUUUUUUCACAGCCUCAACCUUAGACUUGGCCGGAGCGCCGCCUUGACCCAGUGAGUCUGCAGUGUGGUGCAGACUCUGCUCCGUCGAACUACACUGCUUCCUUCCACCAGCAUUUCUUCUCAGGAUAAGCUCUUUAAGGAGACUCCCUAGUCCCACAUGUAAAUUGAUCUGCCUUCUAGACACGUUUGAAUCUGAAGUUAAACACCGCUGACAUUCAGGCUGGGAACCCUUCGUGUGUUUUUAGUAAGCCUCCGCAAAUUUUUUUUCAAACUGUAGAGGGAAGUAAAUAUUAGUAAAUUCAUCUCUGAUGCCCGGGAAACGCCUUGUUACUUAACAGUAAUGACAAAUACCAGUAACAUCCAGUUUUUUCACCUGAGUGAAAAAAAGGCAAGAAGAGAGAAUUUGAUACGUCUUUCAUGGAAAGGAUAUACCUUCCCUUCCCACGUUCUGUCCCCACUAGAACUCAUGUUGUAGCAGAAGAUUCCUUCUGGGUGAAGAAGUAGUAAUUGAUGCAGACCAAGAAAAGAAAAAGUGGGCAGAGUCGAUAUACUGGCUUAGCAAAAGGUCUUGGGAAGAGGGAGGAAAUGGGAAAAUUCUCCCAGGAGCAGGUUUAAACUAAACAUUUCUCCUCACAAUGACUGGCCACUCCCGGUCCUCCGUCCCCAAAGCUCCUGGAUCCAUCAGAGAGAAGGAGCUGAGGGGAAAGGGAAUGACUGAAGAAGAAAAACAUUUUCCUAUCUCUCCGGUAGAAAGAUGGUCCAUUUUUUCCAAAAGACUGGAAUUAGUCCUUAACUGCAUAACAGAUAGCAGAGUGCCUUUUGUGUACUAUUGUCUGUUCCCAGAUUUUAUAAGGCUUUAAUACCCUGGAAUUUAACUUUUAAAAAGAGCUGGAGAAUUCCCUGGCGGUCCAGUGGUUAGGACUUGGCUCUUUUACUGCAGUGGCCGGGGUUCAAAGCCUGGUCGGAGAACCAAGAUCCCGCAAGCUGAACAGCGCGGCCGGAAAAAAAAAAAAAAAAAAAAAAAAAAAGAUGAUUGGGCUUCCCUGGUGGCCCAGUGGUUAAGAAUCCGCCUGCCAAUGCAGGGGACACGGGUUCGAGCCCUGGUCCGGGAAGAUCCCACAUGCCACGGAACAGCUAAGCCUGUGCGCUACUACUGAGCCUGCGCUCUGGAGCCCGCGAGCCACAACUACUGAGCCCGCGUGCCACAACUACUGAAGCCCACGUGCCUAGAGGCCAUGCUCCGCAACAAGAGAAGCCACCGCAGUGAGAAGCCUGCGCACCGCAACGAAGAGUAGCCCCCGCUUGCCACAACUAGAGAAAGCCUGCACACAGCAACGAAGACCCAAUGCAGCCAAAAAUAAAUAAUUUUUUUUUAAAAGAUGAUUAUGAGUGUUUCAGAAUAAAAGUGCACCAUCCACUCUGAAAUCUUCCUAGAAGCCCUCCACCAUGUACACAUGUAGAAGUCGCCUUUGUGCCCAUCUUACCUUCAUGUCUGUCCAGCAGAGACAUUGCCCUAGGGGAGACUUUAUAGCAUUUGCCAACAUAUGUAUCCCCUUCUGCUAGAUAACAGGCUCCAUGAAAGCAAGGACUAGCUUUUUUUUUUUUUAACUUUGUAGCUGACACUUGGUAAGUGUUUAGUAAGUGAUUAAGUGGGCAUUGAAUUACAUACAUUGACUGGAUUCGCCCCUAAGGGAAGACAAGUCAUCCUAUUUAGGUUCACAGCCAGCUGGUAUUUUCGAAAUAGAUUCCUAAACUGCUGUGUCAUGAGGAAACACAAAGAAAGCAAUGCGUUGCUGAAGACGGUGUAUACCGUUUAGAGUUGCUAGAUUUAACAAAAAUACAGGACACCCAGUUAAAUUUAAAUUGAAUUUUAAUUUCAGGUAAACAAUACAUAAUUUUUUAGUAUAAGUCUGUCCCAAAUAUUACAUGGAACAUAAACUGAAAAGUUUUUGUUAUUUGUCUGAAAUGACAGAUGGGCCACAAAGAUGACUUCUACAUGUCUAUGUGAUAGAAUUCAUUUAGAAGAUUUCAAAAAUCGUUUUAUACUAAAAAAUUCAUAAUCAUCUCUAAGUAAAAUGCCAGAGUAUUCAAUGCAUUGUACAACAACAAAAAUUUUUUAGUAAUGUCCCAUGCAAUAUUGGGGACAUACUUACACUAAAACAUUAUUCACCUGCUUAUGUGAAAGCAUAAUUUUGUAUUUUAAUCGGGCAACUCUGGGGAUGUUAAGUUUCAAAAAUACUACUAGCCCUCCCAACACUCCCCAAACCAAUAUAAAUAAUGUUUCAUACAGAAAUGUAUACUAGCUUCAUCACACAUAACAUGUUUUAUUCACAAUUUAAAACAAUGUUUAAGGGACUUCCUUGGUGGCGCAGUGGUUAAGAAUCCGCCUGCCAAUGCAGGGGACACGGGUUCGAUCCCUGGUCCAGGAAGAUCCCACAUGCCGCGGAGCAACUAAGCCCGUGUGCCACAACUACUGAGCCUGUGAGCCACAACUACUGAGCCCGCGUGUUGCAACUACUGAAGCCUGCGCGCCUAGAGCCCGUGCUCUGCAACAAGACGAGGCACCGCAAUGAGAAGCCUGUGCACCACAAGGAAGAGUAGCCCCCGCUAGCUGCAACCAGAGAAAGUCAGCACGCAGCAACGAAGACCAAACGCAGCCUAAAUAAAUAAUGUUUAAGAGAGUCAACAUUGCAAACAUUGCAAGCCAGAAAAAUGAAUGCCAAUCUAAUUCUGUCCCCAUGAGAAGGCGUUGAGAGAGGCAGCUCCGUGGGGUGGGGACCUUCUGAAGAAUCUGGCCAGCUACCAGCUUCCCCUCACUUCUCAGCUGGCUCUGUUCACAUAUUCUUUCUUAUCACAGUUACUCGCAUGCUUGUCUUUCCUGCCGGACUGUGAGCAACACGAGGUGAAGGGCUAUAUUCAUUUGUCUUUGAUUCCUCAGGCCAAAUGGUGCCCAACAUACCAUAAGUAGUUGCUCAAAAAAGGGAUCUGUUGAAUUGGAAUGGAUUCACUGUUUCAUUUAGAGUUAUUUCUUUCAGAUCACUCUCCAGGAGUAGGAUUACUUGGUCAAAAAGCCAGAAUAGGACUUCCCUGGUGGUCCAGUGGUUAAGACUCCACCCUACCUAAGCUGGGGCGAAGUGAGAGAGUGGCAAGGACAUGCAUACACUACCAGAUGUAAAAUAGCUAGCUAGUGGGAAGCA